AAGCCUUCGGCCGGAGGCCCAGGCCCACCGUGCCCAGGCGUCGCCGCCGCUGCGGCCGCGGGUGGGCGCGCCCGAUGGCGGAGCCCUCCUACAAGCGCCCCCGGGUGGUGCUCACGGCGUCGAGGCACGAGGGCCCGAGGGCGGGGUCGGGCCUGGCCGCGGCGCAGGUGGCCGCGGACCCCAUCGCCCUCACGCUGACCCCGGUGGCGAAGGCGAAUCUCCCGAAGGAGGCGCCGCUCCCCGCGGCGAAGGCCACCAGGGCGGCCCGAGAGACCGCGGGGCCGAGGAGCGAGGCCCCGCCCGCGCAGGCGAAGCCGGUGCAGAAGGCGCCAGAGCAGGGCCCGGUCGCGGUCUUCGACGCGUGCGGGACGAUAUUCAAGGUCCCCGCGCAGGUUGUCAAGGCCAAGCCGGACACGCUGCUCGCCAAGCUGCUGGAGGCAUCCUCGGGCGCGCCCGCGGCCAACAGGCCAGUCUUCGUCGACUGCGCGCCGGACAGGUUCUCAUGCAUCCUGGACUGGUACCGGUACGGAGAGAUCCACCUAUCUCGAACGUGCCCGUGGAAGCACUGCUGCUCGACGCGCGUUCGCUGCAGCUGCCCAGCGAGCUCGUGGUCAACGGCGUGGCGCACAGCACCUCGGCCGCCAGCGGCCCUGGCGCGGCGCGCAGGGUCGCCCGUGGAGCUGUGGCCGAGAUAGAGGGGCGCUGGCGGGGCUUCCAGCGCUUCCUGGAGCAGACGCUGAGCUCCGUCGCCGCCCACUUCCAGCAGGUCGGGGAGGCGGCCCACGGCCCAGAGGAGGCCUUCGACUCGUACGACUUCCCCCCCUUCGUGCUGCCCCUGUACGGGGAGAAAGGCUGGCUGGACGCAGGCAACGUGUGCAGCGGCCCGCGCGCCCGCACGCUGGCGCUGAGGCUUGAGGCGUGCGGCUACCUCUGCGAGUUCACCGACACCGAGCUCCUGGUGCGCCUGCCGCUGCGGCUCCAGGGCGAGGCGCCCCCCGACCUCGGCCCGGACGCGGAGGAGCCAGAGGACGGGGAGGGCCUCGCGGCCGCCGUGCCCGGCUGAGGCGGGUGAGGCGGGGGCGGCCCGGAAGCCCUGGGUCAGGCCAGGCCGGAGCCGCCGCGGCGCACGCGCGCGCGCUGGUCAUGGGUCGGCCUGGCUCCAGCCACCCCGUCACCGCGCCGCUGGGGCCCCGAGCUAGG